GCCAGCCCGCACGGUGGUGUUUGGGGGGCUCUCAUCCCCGGCAGCAGUGGCGCAUGUCCUAUCUGCUGCUGCGGCCGUCGCUGCUCCAGAGGAGGUCAUUAACCCUAUGCCAGAAGAUGCUCUAAAGGAGAGAGGCCUUGCCCUUGAUGGCUGUACCCCCCCUGCCGUCUCGAUCGUAUUCCCAUCGGUGCGGGCCGCCCGCCAGGCUGUGGCAUCGCUGCACGGCUCUACGGUGGAGGGUGGUGCAGACGCUGGUGGCGCAGACGCUGGUGGCUCGGAGAAGAGCGUUACUGUGUGGGCGAGGCAGCUGGGAGGCGAGGUGGGAGUCACUGCGUGGGGCCACGGAACAGAGCGUCACUGUGUGGCCGAGACAGCUGCGAGGGGAGGCGCGUUCUUGGUGGCAGAAGCGGAUUUGAGAAAGGCCUUCGCUGUUGCGGGCUUCCCAUGGGCCGUCAAGAUACCACAUGGGGAGGAUGGCAGGCCUCGUGGAUUCGCUUUUGUCACAUUCACCACAAAGAGCGAUGCAGCAAAGGCUAUUGAAAAGGUCAAUGGCACGACCAUCCACGGGCGAGCCGUUUCGGUGGGAUGGGCAGUGGCAAAGAGGGAGCACAUGGAGAGUGUGGAGAAGGAGAAAGCCAAGGAGAACAGAGAUGGGUUGUCGAUGCUGUUCGAUGAUGAACGAGGGAUUUUUCUCUCGAAUGGGUUGUCGAUGCUGUUUGAUGAUGAAGACGAGGAGAUGAAUGAGGGAGGGGAGGAUAAGGAAGAUGAGGAGGAGGGAGAAGAUGAGGAAGAGGGGGAGGAGGAGGACGAGGAAGAGGAGGAAGAGGAUGAGGAGGAAAUGGAAGAAGAGGAAGAGGAGGAGGAGGACGAGAGGGAAGCAAGGGUGAAUGGUCUAUUGAAUAUGGAAGCAGAGGAGGAUGACGAGGAGGAGGAAGAGGAAGAGGAAGAUGAAGAGGAGGAAGAGGAGGAAGAGGGAAGUGAGGAGGAAGAGGAUGAGGAUGGGAGUGAAGAGGGAGAGGCAGAGGAGGAGGAGGACGAGGAGGAUGAAACAGAUGAUGAGGAGGAGGAGGUAGAUUGGGAGAUGGAGAUGGGUGGUGGUGGCAGCAGUGGUGCCGUGCAAGGGAGUGAGAAGGAUAUGAUGCUACGGGUGCUGUCCCGAGUGGUUGAGCAGGGGAAGGGGGAGGAGGGGAAGGAGGGCGCAGGGGAGGAAGUAGGGGUGAGAGCAAAAGGUGUGGUUGUGAAAGGUGGGAAGGAAGGUGAUGCAGGUAAGAAGGGGAAGGAUGUGAAGGGCGGGAAGGAGGGAAAGGCAGGAAAGGAGGGAAAGGCAGGAAAGGAUUGGGAGGGAAAGAAGGGUGCCGAGGAGGGUAAGGGAGCAGCAGCAGGGAAGAAGACAGGCUCUCGUGAUGGCAAGGAGGAAGGGACGGGUGCGGAGGAAGGGGAGGUGACGGAAGGGAAAGAUGGCAAGGAGGAGAAGGCAGAGGCGCCGCCAGCGACAGUGUUUGUGAGGAACCUGCCGGUGGAUGCCUCAGCUGACCGCAUUCGAGCGGCUUUUGAACGGUUCGGCAAGGUGGCUGACUGCAGAGUCGUGCUGCACCCUGUUACCAGGUGGGUUAACCCGGGUAUCAGGCGCCCCCGAGGCUCGGCAUUCGUCCGGUUCGAAACGCCCGAAGCUGCGCAAGCCGCUGUGGCAGGCUCGGUCCGAACCGCAAAGACCAGGGCCGAGGCUGGCGGAGAGGGUCGGAAGGGGGGAGUGGAGGAGGGGAUGGUGGUGGUGGGGGGCCAACAGACCCUUGUGACUUUGGCAGUGCGACGGGAGGAGGUUUCAAAGGUGGUUGAGAAGAGGAAACAAGCGGAGCAGACAGGCAAGGGAAGAGAGGAGGACAGAAGGAAUCUUCAACUGCUGGAGGAGGGAGUGAUCAAGGAGGGAACACGAGCAGCAGAGGGAAUGCCAGCAACAGACAUGGAGAAGAGGAAGAGGCUGCAGCGUGAGAAACUGAUGAAGCUAAGAAGCCCCAACUUCGCCGUGUCGUUGACGCGCCUGGCGGUGCACAACGUGCCGCGGGAAAUCGAUGAGAAGCAGCUGAAGCAGGUGUUUGUGGAUGCUGUGAAGGCACGAGCCAAGAAGCAGAAGCCUCAUGUGAAGCAGGUGAAGGUGCUGAGGGAAACGGACCGGGUGGGGCCAGAUGGCAAGCCGCGGUCUAAGGGAGCGGCGUUCAUUGAGUUCAGUGAGCAUCAGCAUGCAGUGGCGGCUCUCAGGGCUCUCAACAACCAUCCCAAAUUUAUCCAUAGUGAAGCAGAGGCAGGACACGUCCAUUCCCCCGCCCCUUCAUCCGUUUCCGUCCCUCACUUCCGUUCCCCUCCUUCAUCCAUGCCCCACCCUUACAUUCUUUCAGCCAUCUUCUCCCGUGACGCACGCCCCAUAGUGGAGUUUGCGAUCGAGAAUGUAUCAAUAGUGAAGCAGAGGCAGCACACGGGCUCUCCAUCAAAGAAGAAGCAGAAGCAGGUGAAGGGAGGGAAGGGGCAAGGUCAGCAAGAAAAGCGGCAGGGGGCGCAGCAAGAGAGCCACGGGAAGGGGCCUGGGAAGGACGUGAAGAGGCAUGCUGGUGCAGAGGUGCAAGCAGGCACUGCAGCAGAGCAGCAGAGUGUUGGUGUGAAGGCAACGGGUGGAGUAGAACGGGGAGGGGCGAGCGGCAGUGGGAAGGGCGAGUUAAAGAGGAAGCAGAAAGGUUCAGCAGGGAGCGCUGGUGUGUCUCCUGCUGCUGCAGUGAAAUCUGUUGCUGCCUCUCCUUUGGCUGCUAUGAAGGCUGCUGCUGCUGCCGUGAGUCCUGGUGCUAAAAAGGCAAAGACAGACCCACAGAGGGGAAAAGCAGCGGUUGCAAUGAAAGCUGUUGCUGUCUCUCCUUCUGCUGCAGUCAUUCCCGGUUCUAAAAGGGCGAAGACAGACACACGGAGGGGAGAAGCAGCGGCUGCAGUGAUGGAGGCAAGGCGGGCACAGGCGGCACUGGCUGGGCUGGGCAGAGGUGGUGGGGAGGAGAGGGGCAAGGUGAGGAGCAAGAAGGGGUCGGAGCACCAGGAGUUGGUGGAUGAGCUUGAUAGGCUCGUGGCGGCUUACAGAUCAAAGAACUAUGGGUGA